GGGGUGUGGGGGAGCGCAGAGGAAGUAGCUCGUGAGGCGAACGGCCCAGUGGCGCAGGCGCCGCGGGCUGGCGUGUGGGGGCCGGGCACGCGGCCCGGCCGUUUUUUUUCCCCUUUAUCAUUUUCUUCGCUGGCCCCAUGCGCAGGCGCAGUGUUCCCGCCCGGCCUCGUGGGCGGUUGGGGGAGCGCCUCGUGAGCGGGAACGGGUGGGCGGCGGCCUUGUCCUCUGGAGUGGGGAAUUCCGUCCGAUGGCAGCUUAAUCUCUAAGGCCCAGCCUCGUCUCUAUACAGAAGUGGAUGUGUUUGAGCCGAAAUGCUAGAACAGAGUAUCUCCUUCAUUUUUGUAGACAUUGAAAAUGGGAAGAGGACUUGUGAAAUGCACUUUUAGCCUUUUAGGAGUUGAGCGAAGCUUUGAAACCAUCACGAGUUUGCUUACACUUUCCGGGGAUGCACUGGGAGAACUACGAUGACCCGCACAAAACCCCUGCCUCCCCAGUUGUCCACAUCAGGGGCCUGAUUGACGGUGUGGUGGAAGCUGACCUUGUGGAGGCCUUGCAGGAGUUUGGACCCAUCAGCUAUGUGGUGGUAAUGCCUAAAAAGAGACAAGCACUGGUGGAGUUUGAAGAUGUGUUGGGGGCUUGCAACGCAGUGAACUACGCAGCCGACAACCAAAUAUACAUUGCUGGUCACCCAGCUUUUGUCAACUACUCUACCAGCCAGAAGAUCUCUCGCCCCGGGGACUCGGAUGACUCCCGGAGCGUGAACAGUGUGCUUCUCUUUACCAUCCUGAACCCCAUUUAUUCGAUCACCACGGAUGUUCUUUACACUAUCUGUAAUCCUUGUGGCCCUGUCCAGAGAAUUGUCAUUUUCAGGAAGAAUGGAGUUCAGGCGAUGGUGGAAUUUGACUCUGUUCAAAGUGCCCAGCGGGCCAAGGCCUCUCUCAAUGGGGCUGAUAUCUAUUCUGGCUGUUGCACUCUGAAGAUCGAAUACGCAAAGCCUACACGCUUGAAUGUGUUCAAGAAUGAUCAGGAUACUUGGGACUACACAAACCCCAAUCUCAGUGGACAAGGUGACCCUGGCAGCAACCCCAACAAACGCCAGAGGCAGCCCCCUCUCCUGGGAGAUCACCCCGCAGAAUAUGGAGGGCCCCACGGUGGGUACCACAGCCAUUACCAUGAUGAGGGCUACGGGCCCCCCCCACCUCACUACGAAGGGAGAAGGAUGGGUCCACCAGUGGGGGGUCACCGUCGGGGCCCAAGUCGCUACGGCCCCCAGUAUGGGCACCCCCCACCCCCUCCCCCACCACCCGAGUAUGGCCCUCACGCCGACAGCCCUGUGCUCAUGGUCUAUGGCUUGGAUCAAUCUAAGAUGAACUGUGACCGAGUCUUCAAUGUCUUCUGCUUGUAUGGCAAUGUGGAGAAGGUGAAAUUCAUGAAAAGCAAGCCGGGGGCCGCCAUGGUGGAGAUGGCUGAUGGCUACGCUGUGGACCGGGCCAUUACCCACCUCAACAACAACUUUAUGUUUGGACAGAAGCUGAAUGUCUGUGUCUCCAAGCAGCCAGCCAUCAUGCCCGGUCAGUCAUACGGAUUGGAAGACGGGUCUUGCAGUUACAAAGACUUCAGUGAAUCCCGGAACAAUCGGUUCUCCACCCCAGAGCAGGCAGCCAAGAACCGCAUCCAGCACCCCAGCAAUGUGCUGCACUUCUUCAACGCCCCGCUGGAGGUGACUGAGGAGAACUUCUUUGAGAUCUGCGAUGAGCUGGGAGUGAAGCGGCCAUCUUCUGUGAAAGUAUUCUCAGGCAAAAGUGAGCGCAGCUCCUCUGGACUGCUGGAGUGGGAAUCCAAGAGCGAUGCCCUGGAGACUCUGGGCUUCCUGAACCAUUACCAGAUGAAAAACCCAAAUGGUCCAUACCCUUACACUCUGAAGUUGUGUUUCUCCACCGCUCAGCACGCCUCCUAAUUAGGUGCCUAGGAAGAGUCCCAUCUGAGCAGGAAGACAUUUCUCUUUCCUUUAUGCCAUUUUUUGUUUUUUGUUUUUGUUAUUUGCAAAAGAUCUUGUAUUCUUUUUUUUUUUUUUUUAAAUGCUAGGUUCGUAGAGGCUUAACCUUAAUGGAAACGCUGGAAGUCUGCAGGGGGAGGGAGAGGGGAACUGAUAUCUCCCACAAUUAACCUUCACUUUUAAAAAAUUAUUGUACAUGUGAUUUUUUUUUUUUUUCCUGUUCAUACAUUUGUGCUGCCCAUGUACUCUUGGCACAUUUCAAUAAAAUUGUUUGGAAAAUAAA